AUGUGGAUCAUGCCAGUGCGCGGGAAAUGGCUCGUCAUAGCUAUCACAGCAUGUUGCUGUCAGGGGUUUCUUUUGCUGGGAUACGAUCAGGGUGUGAUGUCGGGCCUUGUUGGCGCAGAUAACCAGUUCGGCAGAGAUUUCGGCAAUCCAGGGCCAACGGCGCAGGGUACUAUUGUGGCGAUCUAUGAUAUCGGAUGUGCUGUCGGCAGCCUAUUCGUGUUCUUCUUCGGUGAGGCCAUCGGGCGCAAACGCAUGAUCAUGGCUGGUGCUAGCACGAUGAUCGUCGGCACGGCAAUCCUCACAAGCUCUACAACACGAGCGCAACUCAUUGUUGGGCGCAUAGUGACUGGCAUCGGCAACGGCUUCAACUCCUCAUCCAUCCCAGUCUACCAAUCUGAAACGUGUGGCAGGCAUAUCCGUGGCACGCUCGUUUGUCUCAAUUCAACGGUUACCAUUAUCGGUCUAGUCAUUGCUUACUGGCUCGACUACGGCAUGUCCUUCGUUAACGGGCCGGCCCAAUGGCGCCUUCCCAUUGGCUUCCAAGCAUUCUUCGCCCUCUGCCUUCUACUCCAAGGCGCUGUACUACCCGACUCGCCCCGUUGGCUACUCGCUCAUGGGCGCGAGGAAGAGGCGUUGAGUGUUCUGUGCCAGUUAGAGGACAAGCCUGCGGACCACGAGGACGUAAUCGAGAUGAAGCGGGAGAUUGAGGUGUCGCUCAUGCAGGAGAGCGCCGGCGGUCCCUUCAAGUACAGGGAACUGUUAGAACGUGGACCGGUCGACAACUUCAGGCGGGUGUGCUUAGCCGUCGGAAUUAACGUGAUGCAGCAGUUCACUGGGUCGAAUAUGAUCAACUAUCUUGCCCCUGUCGUCUAUCAGAAUACAAUGGGUCUGUCCAGGAACCUAUCGCUGAUUCUUGGCGGUGCAACUUCAUGCACGUAUAUGGUCGCCUCAUUCAUACCACUCUGGACUGUUGAUAGAUUCGGACGGCGCCCACUGCUCAUGAUAUCCGCAAGCGGGCAAUCCCUGUGCUUCAUCAUUGCCUCCAUAUUGUUGUCUAUCGGGACCCUGUCGGCCGCAUACGGCGCCACGGCUAUGGUCUUCAUCUUCCAAAUCUUCCUGGGCAUCGGCUUCCUACCCAUUCCCUGGCUCUACCCUGCGGAGAUAGCAACGACGCGCAUCCGCGCACGAAGCUCCGCUCUCUCAUCUUUCUUCAACUGGAUGUGUGUCUUCGCAGUCGUUGAAAUGACCCCACCGGCGAUCGCAAACAUAGACUGGCGAGUUUUCAUAAUUUUUGCCGUGACGAACGCGCUCUGGGUACCGAUCGUAUACUGCUUCUUUCCUGAAGUUGCCAGCUUGUCUCUUGAGGAUAUCGAUCAUAUCUUCGAGAAGGGAGGCAUCACUGGCGGCGUAUGGAGUAGCCCAGGCGGCCGCACUGUUGAACCAAACCGUAUCCGCAAGGAUGUUGAGGAAGUGCUCGAGCGCGAAGAUGACAACAAGAUGAAGGGAGAGAAGUUCUGA